AAUUUCAAACAUCUUCAUUUGUAUGUUUCAAAUAAUAAAGGAGAUACAGCAAUUUGAGCAAAAGAAAUACUGCUUUCUUUAUCAUAUUAUCUACUUUAUCUUCAUUAUUGUACGGAAUACCUCAGAUAAUCAAUAUUGUAUAUUGUCAUUAUUAUUGCAAUCUUGCAUUAUACCAUCACAUGUUAGACGAUACAACUUUUAUCAACAUGCCUAUACGAGGCAUGUAUUGUAUAGCUACACUCUAUAUUAUCACGUACAGCCAAUCAUUAUAUUGCCAUGCGUUAUAUUGCCUACUCGAUUAUAAUUCAAUAAAUUUUUGUUAAAAUAAAUAAAAAGGCAUAAAUUUUGUUUUCUUAGUGAAAUAAUACUCUAUCGUAGAAUAUUUCCAUACUGUAACUGUUAAUUAAAAUUUUUCAUCCUUUAUAUAUAUUUUUAAUAUGAAAGGUACGAUCGCGGCCAUUAUGAAUUUAACAACGUCAUAGCUUCAGUAAAGGAAUUUCAGACCAUGAUAGUUGAACGUGGCACAAAUUCUCGUUUCGUAGUGUGUGUAGAUUUAACUGUUUUUCUUUGCUAAAGUUAGUUUUCUUGUAUUCUAAUCUAUGAUGGAUAUUUGUAAUAAGUUAGAAUCGUACACAAAAGUACUCUAUGGCUAUUGAAAGCUAGUCAUGAAUUUCGGAAUUGUAGAAUGUCCGUUGCGUAGGUCGAAAAUAACAUACGCCACGGGCGCCAUUGAGUUGCGCCAUCUGGAUAACAUUACGAAGAAAUUACAUUAGCGAGAGUUUGGAAAAACUUUUGAAUAACAUUAUUACUCGCCCCGAGAACGAGUAUUGUAAGGUAAAAUCGACGAAUUUAAAAAUUGGUGUAACACACACCAAUCACACUUAUAUUAUGUUUAAGUGUUGGAGUACAUACUCCUUAUGAUUAUAUUUACUUAACCUCAAUUUUAAAUGAAAAAUGAAUACCUGCGAUUAUGAAAAUGUAAUUUCAUAUUUGUCGUAUGUCGAAAAUAAAGAAACUGAAUCUUUUUUAAGCAAAAAGAUUGAAUACAUCAAGAAUCUUACAUACAACAGUGUAGAUUUUAGAACUUUGAAAAUAUCGAUAACAACUACGGCUCUUAAGUAAUGAUAAUACGUAUUUUAAUUGUUUGAACAUAUUUUUAUCAAUUUUGUAUGAAUCACCGAAUUUGUAAUAAUGAUAUAUAGUAUAUACACUAGUUUUGUAUAAAGUUAGGGGGGAAAGUAUAGGUGUUAAACAUACAACAUGUAUAAACAACAUGACAGAAAGGUCAUUCAAAUUUUGAGCAUACAUAUUUGAAAUAUAUAUGUACGAUGAAAAGAAUUUAAAUAAGUGGAUCAAAGAUGCAGCACAUUGAAAUUAGUAACAAGGAUCAUAAUUAUAGUGAAGUAAAAUCAGAUAAUUUUCAACAUAAUAAUAGUAAUGGUCAAACUGUAUGUGACAGUGAUGUUAAAACAACAGUGUGUAAAUCCAGUAAAGAAACGUUUGGACAAAUUAAAGACAUAAAUGAAUUAAAGAAGAUCACACCACGUGUGAAAUUAUUGACUCAUGAUGCUAAUAGUUUAAAUGAAUUAACCAAAAUUUCAUUGCACAAUAAAAUAUCUGCACAAAAAAAAUUAUCGAUUUCGGAGCAAACAAAACAAACAUUAAAAAAAUAUUGUAGGACUUGUGCUGGUUUAAAGCUUCCAUUAGUUGAUAUUUUUAGUGAGAAAGGUAUGCAAAUGAGAUUAAGUCAGCAAAUUAAACACUUAGAAGAAAUAAAUCCAUAUGACAGUUUAUCGACUCAAAUGUGUAUGGACUGUAUUUGUGAUUUAAAAAUGAGUUAUAAAUUUUUCAUGCAAAUUAAAAAAGCGGAAGUUAAAUUAAAAUCCAUUCAUAUUAGUCUAACUGAUACAGCAACAAAGAACAUAGAAGUAAAUAAGAUACAACCUGUAGAGAGUUCAGAAAAACAGGUAGAAAAUGUGGAAUGUAAUUCUAUCAAUCCGUCUACAAGUAAGGAACAUAAUGAGCAGGUACUUGUACCGAAAGUACCUACAAAUGUUUUAUUAAACGUUGAACCAGAAUCUUCAAAAGAUGAAGAAAUUAGUAUUGAAGAAUUCGAAAGUAAACCUGAACUUGAAAUUUUUGAGGAAACAAUAGUCCAGCAUAACAGCGAUGACAAUGAAUCUAUAGAAGAAUUUGAUCCAGAUGAUCCUCCUUUUCAACCUGAUAGUUCUGAUGCAGUAGAAUCUGAUGAUGACAUAGAUCUACAAACACCAGUUAUAAAAAGACGGAAUAUUCAACAGAAAGAAAUUGUUACAAAACAUUGUUCACAAGCAAUGCCUAUUCAUGAUCAUAAAUCAAUUUCAGAUAAUGGAAAUACUGAUUUUAAUCAAACAACAUAUAAGUAUGAUUCGUGUCUAAAAGCAUACAUUAAAGUUGAGAGUAUAGAAGGUAAUAAUCUUUCUUCUGAACCACAAAAUAUAAUUAAGACAGAAUCUGUAUGUAAUACUGAUAGUACAAAAGAAUCCACGAAACAACCAAACAUAUUAAAACGAAGACUUUUAUUACAAACUAAAAAAGAUUUUUCUGAAGAAACAGAUGAAAGUAUUCAUCAGUCUAGUGUUUCUGAAAAAGGUGGAAGCCAUAAAGAUUUUAAAGUACAAAAAUUAGAUGUAAAUAAUUCUUUGAACAUUAAUAGCAAUCAAGAAGAUGGAAUUAUGUAUGUUACAGUAAAGGGAUCUAAGCCAAAUGAAAUAUUAUUAGUAAAAGUUAAAAAAAUGGAUAAACCAUUAGAAAAGAAAGAUGAUAAAUCUUUAGGGAAAAAAAAUUUUGAUAUAAAACCAAUGGAAAAAAUUUUUAAACGCUAUGAAACAUUAGUUACAAAAGAAAAGGAUUUAUUUCCCGAACGGACAAAAAAAUCGGAAAUAAGAGAGCAGAUUAUAGAAGAACAAAUAGAAGAGUAUAAAAAAAAACGGGAGAAGGUAUUAGGUGGGCAUGCUAGUAUUUCACUUCCUUUAAAGCCUGACGAAACACAAACUCGAUACUUUAAACGUAAUGAAAGCCAAGAUAACCAGAAAUCUUCCACGCAAACAGAAAAUGAUUUGAUUGCAAGUGUAUGUGAUAAAAAUGAAAAUGAAUCUAAAAUGAAUGUUACUAAAAAUGAAAAUGAAACACUGAAUGUUGUAGAACCAGUAAAAGAAAAAUCUAGUAAUGAAAAAGCAUAUGUAAAUACUGAAGAGUAUUUAUCACGUUUAGCAAAACUUAAAUUAAAAUGGGAAGAAGCAAAGAAGAAAAAGGAGUCUCUUCAAAAAGAACUCGAUGAGUCUUACACAGAAGGAAAUAUUGAAAAGUUGGCAAGAAUUUUGGGAGAAAAAGAAAAAAAUUUGCAAGAUUUUCAAGAUUAUUUGAAGCAACGUAAAAUUGUGAUUACAAGAUUAAAAGAUGAAGAUAUUAUUUCUCUUUAUGAAGACAGAAAUAAUGCAGUGCUUAAAAACAAUUUACCUGAUUUAAUAGAUGAAAGUCAACCAGCAGAUUAUAUUCCAGAAGAACAUUAUUUGGAAUGCGAUUACUGUCCAGAAACAUUUGCUUCUAAAGACAUACUUGAGGAACAUUUAAAAAUGCAUGAUUAUAAAAUUAUGCAUUUUUGUGAAGAUUGCUUGGAAGAAUUUCCAACAAAUAAAGCAAAACGAAAUCAUAAUGUAGUCUGUAUAAAAAAGUUGUUAUGUAAGUAUUGUGACAUGAUAUUAGAUUCAAAAGGGAAAAAACGCCAGCAUGAACAAAAACAUUGUGACAGUAUGUAUGGUCAAUUAUGUGAUGUAUGUGGUGAAAAGUUCAAACAUCAAGGAACACUGGAUCAGCAUGUAAAAACGCAACACAUGAGUUGGGAGAAAAUAUAUCAAUGUCCAAAGUGUCCAAAAAAAUUUGCAUUCAAACAGAAACUUAGUUUUCAUUUAAAAUCUGUACAUACAACGUUAAGGGCCUAUUUAUGCGAGGAUUGCGGAGCAGACUUUAAAAAUCCUGCGAGUCUUAGACAUCAUAGAAUACGUAAACAUCAACCAGUAGGCAAUAAAAGAGAAUGUCCAGUUUGUCAUAAGUUAGUUCCGUUUUAUAGCCUGUCUAAACAUAUGCAUACUCACAAAGCAUAUACUAUUCAAUGUCCACAUUGUGAUAAAAUGUUUAAAAAUAGUUCCACUUUAAAACAACAUGUCAGAAUUCAUGAAGACCAACGUCAAUAUCGAUGUGACACUUGCGGAGUUGGAUUCAACAGGCGAGAUGGUUUAAGAUUGCAUAUGAGAGUGCAUGAAAAAACUGAUAGUAGAGGACUGAAAGAAUGUUCAUGUCAAGUGUGCGGUGAAAAGUUCCCAAAUCAUUCAACGCUUGUUAUACAUCGAAAUCGGGUUCAUAAAGAUGGUAGACAAUAUACAUGUCAUAUAUGUAAUAGAUCAAUGAUUUCAACUAGAUCUCUGGAAUGGCAUAUGUCUCACAUACACAAUGAGUCCCUUCCUGGUGUUAUAAAAGAAGAUGUGGAUGGAACACCAGAAAAGAAAAGAGUAUCAUGUUAUCACUGUAAUAAAACAUUUAAAACAGAAAUGAUUUUAAGAACGCAUAUAAAAAACACUCAUAUGGAGAAAGAUCCAAUGAAAUGUUUAGAUUGUGAAUUAACAUUCAUCUCUGAAGUAAGAUUAAGACAUCAUAUGAUGGUGACACAUAACAGACUAGAAGGAACUUUGGCAUGUCCACAUUGUCCCAAAAGAUUUGUGAAUCAACUUAGGUUGAAAACACAUAUGAUAUCUCAUUCUGAAGAAAGACCAUAUACAUGUGAAAUUUGUGGAUUUAAUUUGAAAACAAAAAUACAAUUGAUUAAACAUCAUCAAAAUAGACAUAGCGAUGAAAGACCUUUACAGUGUAGAUAUUGUCCUUGGAGAUGUAAACAAGUUAGUGCUCUUGUAUGCCAUGAAAGAACUCAUACGAAUGAACGACCAUACUCUUGCAGCGUGUGCAGGCAACGUUUUAAAUAUUUAGGUGACAAGAAUAAACAUGAGAGGAGACACGAAAGUUUAGGAGGAUCUGGGUUUAAAAGAAUAGUGCCUGGUAGAAACAUUAAACCUAAAGUUCAAGAAGAUUCUUCUUGUUCUGAACAUGAACAGGAAAGUUUAACUAAUGCUGAACAUCAGAUCACUGAAGGUGAAUAUGAGGAACAAACUAAUCAGCAAUUCGAAGAAGAGCAGAUAGUUAAGUUUGAGGAACAAGAAAUAGUGAAGUUUGAAGAACAAGAAAUAACAGAAGAAUAUGAGCAAGUAUAUGAACAGGAAUAUGAAGAAACAUCUAGGGAAGCUUCGGAUGCAGCAGAAGUGAUAAUGAACAUGGAAGAUACCACUGUCUAUACUGAAGAAGUAACAGCAGAUAAUAUUGAACCUACAGAAAUAAUGACAGAUGAAAUUAUGACAAAUGAAAUAUUACAAUCAGGUGCUGUGGUUCAUCUGCAGCAAGAAGAUGAUUCAGGAAAGAUACAAGUGAUCCCAGUUAUGUUGUCUUUGCCUGAUCUAUCUGAUGCAAAUACAGAGGUCAAUUUAGCUACAGCAUCCAUUAUGUAUAAUAACUGAAUUUAGUACCGUGUUCUAUAUAUGCGAUAUUCUUUGUAAAAAAGUGACUUCUACAAUUUCAUUGUGGUUAAUUAUACAUUUAAAUAACUGUUUAUUUGGGAUAAAUUGUAGAGACUAAUCACAUUCCCAAAUACAGUAUAUUCUGAAAUGUGUAUUUCCUUAAAACAUACAGUACAGUCUGCUUAAGCGUCUGCAGCUAUAUAGUGAAGUUUUGUUACAUGACUCUUUUUUGUGUGGCCCUUUGAGCGAGGAAAGCAAGCCAUCAACAAUGGUAGAAGGUCCGUGUAUAUGUUCACUUCUAUCAUUUUUUCUCUUGCAAUCCCAUAUAGGGUUAUAUAGCAGCACUGCAUUGUAUUUCAAAUGUUCAAAUAUGCAAAGAAGAAAGAGCGUCCGAGAGUGAGAUAUCAAUAAUCAGCACGAGAACUUGAUCUCAAGCUGAUAGUUUGUACAGAACAACAUAUUAGAUGUCGAAAACUUGAAGCUCAUUCUGUUAAUUCAAUUUACAUGAUAAGAAUUAUGUCAGACGCUCAAUUAGACUUUACUAGAUAUAAAUUUCAGACUUUUAGAACAGACAUGACCAACUGUAGUUUCUCAUUACACUGACUUGUAGGAGAACAUCCUGCGGUGAUAGACCAUUUAAAAGUGAGAACUGUACAGUUGUCGGCGAGAAUGCACUUGGUCGAGUCUGUUUUAGGAUAUUAACUAUACACCCAAAGGUCAAAAUAACCUUUUGCUAUUAAGGUUACAGUUUUGCAAAGUUAUUUUACUGUAUGAAAAUACUUAGUAAAACCAAGUUAAGAAUGUAAAAAUAAUGGUAAAACAAAUUUUAUCCUCAUAAUGCUUUCAAUACAACAUUUUUUGUUUAAUUAUAAAGAAUAAAUAAAAAUAUCUGU